AUGUCUUGUGCGCUGCAGACGCCAGCAACCCCAGCUGGUACCGACACAAGCGGCAUACCUUCAUCUUCUCUUACUCCGGCAAGCCUGUUUAUUCGCGGUGAGUCCGCCUCGUGCCUCCUUUUCUGGAGCGGAGCUCUCUCUGAGCGCCUUCAGGUGCAGCGGCGCAGGCAAGCAGCGCAGCAGCAGCAGCACGGAGAAGCAACAGCCACAUCCAGCAGCAAGUGUUCCUUGCGCGUUUCUGCAGCUAUGGCAAGGAAGAGAACCUCGGGGCUUUCGCCGGUUCGUUUGCAGUCGCCGCCAGACUGGGCUCUGUCUGCAAUUGUCUCCAAACUGGAAAGGUUUCGCGGCGACAAGCCGCCCGACGUUGUGCGUCAUUUUCGCUGCUUCGGCGGCCGUUUUGUAUUUCUUUCGCGGGGGCCUUUUUACUUGGCCCUCUUCGAUCGGCAGAGCAUCAACAACAGCACGGCGAGAGGUUACCUAAUGCUGCUUCACAGACAGCUAGUGUGCAUACUGACGAAAGAGGUCGAACGCACCCUCCUCAUUCGGCCGAGCUUCGACGUGAGGCCUCUCAUGGGCGGCACCGAUGGCAUAUUCCGAGGGCUGCACCGCCACUACUUUCACUCGAUGCUUUCUGUUUUGCUUCCGAUUUUAUUCAAGUCGAACUGCGCCGCUGCAGCUGUACCUCUGUCAGGCUCUGCAGAAGCUGCUGCGUCGGCUACAGUCGAGCAGCAGCAGCAGCAGCAGGAGCAGCAGUCUGCUGCUCUUUCAAUCAGCGGGGCCUUUGAGGCACUGCCUCUUAGCGGCACGAUGAGGCAUAUCGCGACGACUGCUGUCAAGAACGCCCCCACGCCGAACGUCCUAGCUUCAAUGCUUCUUGCGGAACAGCGAGUUGUUUCCCUUUCAUACGCCAAGGGCUAUGAACUUAGCCCUACAGACGUAUGCUUGCUGACAAACUUUAUGCUGACAAACACCGGAUGUCUUGCUGCCAUAGAAACUUCCCUGGAGUAUGCACCAUACGCUCUGCCGCGGUGCUUGUGGGGAGAUAUUUCGCUGCUGCACUGCGCACUGUUCGUGCCUUCUCUUUCUCAAUACUUCUCGUCUGCAUUUGGAGAUGAGUACAAAACAGACGCUUCCAAGCAACAAAGCGUCCUUUCUCUGUACGCGAGUGCCACUGAGUUAAUUCAAAACGGAAAGCGUCCUGCCCACGCUUACGUUGAGACGACGGACGAAAAGGUGUACGUUUGGCUAACGGCGGAGUUCUUCUUCUUUUGCUGCGUUCCAAGAUGGAUCAACGUAUCUACGGCGCUUGUGGAGCAACUGGCAAAGUGGAUUCGCGAGCAGCAACCGUUCCUUUUCAUAACUGAUAUCCCUCCUCUUGUCCACACCCCGCAGCAAAAGUGA